GCAGUAGCUCCGUUGUCAUAUCCUCACUUCAACAAGCACCUGGUGUCACUUGACAAUCGACAAACCCCUCCUUACGACGAAUUCGCGAUCCACUUCAGAGAACCUCACGUUCUACCACUUCGAUUGGCGAACGAGAUCCCUCGAUUUCCAACACAUCCAACCGGAUCAUAUUAUCGACCCAGAGCUUAUCAUACAAUGGAUGCAUAUCCGAGUUACAGAGAGCCGCCCCUCGCGAGGUCGCCUCAGGAAAGAACAAGCUGGAGCAGUCGCGACGAUGGAUACAGGCCGAAUGACCGUGCGGACAAUUCGCGCAAUGAUAACUUCUACCGUGGCAGAUCUCCCGGAGUUGAUCGUGGUCGCCGAACACGAGACCGAAGUCGAUCGCCAGCAAUCGUUGAUCGCUACGAGCCAUCCGGUCGCCUUCCAAGAGACGAUUAUGACAGAAGAGAUCGAGGACGCGAUCGUGAUACCCGCCGUUCGCCUGCUCCUAUAAAUAUUGACAGAUAUGUUCCCGGUCAAGAUCCUCCCGCAAUCACUGCCAAUCCUCUUCAAGACCCAGCUAUGCUCGCAUUUCAAGUAGGCUUUUCAUACUUCGGUGAAUGGUGGCGCACAAAUGAGAAGAUUAAGGAAGAAAAGGAACGCAUCAAGACUGGCAGACGACCGGAGCCUCGUCGUGAUGGACCCGAAGAACGCGAAAAGGAAAAGGCUAGGAUUCAGGUAGCGUACGAUGCGUACAAAGAGGAGUUACAGGCCAAGAUGGCGAGGUCAUUCGUUCAAGAGCACAAGACCGAACAAUGGUUCCAGGAGAGGUACUACGCAGAAGUCCGAGAUCCAUUAAAGGCACAGCUCAACGAAUUUCGACGAGGCAACUAUAGCCAGUGGGAACAAGACCUUGAGUCGGGAACAUUCGAUGAGUAUUCUCUGGAAGGUAUUCCAAAGAAUGAAAGCAACGGUGCUGGAGGAGUUGUUGAGAAGGAAGAGGGAGAGACUACAGCUACCAAUGAGGUGCUUGGUGUUGGUGAUCUUGUUCCUUCUCGAGGAAGUGAUAUCAGGGACGAGAACGCAUACCAACCUACUCUCCUAAUCAAGACCAUUGCACCUCAUGUCAGCCGUCAAAAUCUGGAAGCUUUCUGCAAAGAGCAUCUAGGUGAAGAUGAAGGCGGCUUUAAGUGGUUAAGCUUGAGCGAUCCAAAUCCGAGCAAGCGUUAUCAUCGUAUCGGAUGGGUUAUGUUACAUCCAGCCCCAGAAGCAAUUCCUAUUGUUGACCGACCGGAACCCAAGGAUGAGGAUGGAGAUGUUGAGAUUGUAGCUCCACCAGUCCCUGAGAGCACAGCUGUGAAGGCUUUGGAGGCGAUCAACGGCAAGACUGUCAAGGACGAAGCUAGAGGAGAUUUCACUUGUCACGUUGGAGUUCACGCUCCCCCAACUCAGCCACGGAAGAAGGCUUUGUGGGACUUGUUCUCAGCACCAGAACGUAUUGAGAAGGACCUGGAGCUCGCGCAACGCUUGGUUCAGAAAUACGAGGAAGACUACGAAUCGGAUUUCAAUGCUGUUUUGAAGAUCGAGGAACGUGUUGAAGAUCUCAGGCAGCAAGGACGCUUACAACCUCCUGUAACUGCACCAGUAGUCAAGAAGGUCAAGAAAACUCGUGAUUACCUUGGUCUUGAUGAGGCAAUGGACGAGGGAGAGGAGAUUGAAGAGGAAGAGGAAGACGACGAGGAGGAAGGUGCUUUAGACGAUGAGGUUGAUGAUGAAGAUCUUCUUGUCAAGAAGAAGCAGCUUGAUCUGAUGGUCGAGUAUCUUCGCCGAGUUUUCAACUUCUGCUUCUUUUGCGUUUUCGAGAGCGAUUCAAUCCACGAACUCAUCCGAAAAUGUCCAGGAGGUCAUCUCCGUCGACCACGCAACACUUUGAGCUCUGCUGGAAAGGCUGCAGCUAAAGCCAGUGCGCUGGGCGAACCUUUUCCUGGAAAGAAGAGAACCAAUACAGACUUGACCGAAGAUUCGGAGACAGGACCAAUGUCUCCAGGAGAAGAACGAAAGUUCCAACGUAACAGCACAGCUUCGAAGGCAGAACAGCAACUUCAGCGUGCUUUCAACUGGGUCAAGACUUUCGAAGAAAAACUCAUGCAAAUUCUCGAACCAGAAUCAGUUGAUGUACGUAAGCUGGGUGGAAAGCCAACUGAGGAGGCAUUGAAGGAAGAAUUGGCCAAGUAUGUGAAGCAGGAAGAUGACCACAAGUUCAGAUGCCGGGUCCCAGAGUGUACCAAGCUUUUCAAGGAGGAACAUUUCUGGAAGAAGCACGUGGAGAAGCGUCAUCCAGAAUGGCUAGAGGGCUUGAAGAAAGACUUUGAUCUCAUCAAUACCUAUGUCAUGGAUCCUGCUCACAUAGCUCCGUCACGAUCGGAUGCUAAUAGCAAUGGUCACUUCCCUCCUUCGAAUGGUCAUGUCCCAGCUGGAACUCCACGAGGAUUCAAUCUUCAGAACUUCAGUUUGACUGGUAUGCCGCCAAUGCAAGGUUUUGGUCAACAAGGAUUCGCGCCUUUCUUCCCUGGUGCCGUUCCCGGUGCCGCUGGAUGGAAUGCAGCCGAUCGUGGUGCAGGUCCAAUUCGCAGAGGCGGUAGACCCUACCAAAAUAAUGCUCGCGCUGGUCCAUACGAUCGCCGACAACGACCAGAUGCUGGUAGACUCAGUCCACCGCCUGGAUCACGUCGUGGAGGUAUGGCGUCGGGUAGUGGUCGUUGGGGUGAUGGAGCAGCUGGAGGUGCUGCGGUUGGUCCCCGUGAAGCCGUCCAAGGCAGAAGUCUCAAGUCUUAUGAAGAUCUUGAUGCUGUGGCUGGUGGUGGUUCGGGCGAGCUCAAUUAUUAAAAGGGAAAGGUGGACAAAACGAUUCUCCGAAAAGAUACAUGGCGUUACGAU